GAGUCACCUUCGCGCGUAAAGAGCGAGUGUGAGCAAGAGAACCGGUGCAGAAUCCGUCAUGGGUGUAGCUUUGAGGAGCUGGAGCGCCAAUGAAGGAGCCAAACACUUCAUCAUGAUGGUUUGGGUUGGAGUGAAUAUCUGGCUCUUCUGGAGAACAUUCAUGUUGUACUGCAGUGGAGUACAAUAUUAUUAUCUACACAAGAUGCUGGGGCUGGGUCUUUGCAUCAGUCGAGCGUCUGCAUCUGUGCUAAACUUCAACUGUAGUUUGGUGCUUCUGCCAAUGUGCAGAUCUCUACUAACCCUCCUCAGAGGAUCCCAGCAGGUGACUGGUAGACGAGUUCGGCGUUUGCUGGAUAAGAGUAAGAUGUUUCACGUGACAUGUGGAAUCACUAUAUGUGUCUUCUCAGUGGUCCAUGUGAGCGCUCACCUCAUGAACAUGCUCAGUUUCUCUGUUACAUAUUCAGAGGAUUUCCCUGCACUUAAUGUCGCUCAUUACAGAGGACAGGAUCCCAGAAUUCUCAUCGUAAGCACAGUUCCUGGAGUUACUGGUGUCCUGUUGGUCUUGGUGUUGUUUCUGAUGUUUACAGCGUCUUCUUACAGUAUUAGAGUCUCCAGUUAUGAGAUAUUCUGGUACACUCACAACCUCUUCAUUGUGUUCUACAUUAUUCUGAUGGUCCAUGUGUUAGGGGGAGCUUUAAAAUAUCAGUCGAACGUGGAGGCCCACCCACCUGGCUGUAUGCACACAAAUAUCAGUUCAGACACAUUGACCAAUCACAGAGCAGCUGGAGAGAAGGAGGUGGAGAAUUCAGGUGGACCACUGACAGUUUGUCAAGAAGAGGCCCGAUUUCAACCUCAUUUCCCUCAGACAUGGCUGUGGGUCUCUGCCCCUCUCUGUCUGUACUGUGCAGAGCGGUUGUAUCGUUACAUCAGAAGCAGCGCAGCUCCUGUUACCAUAGUUUCAGUCGUUAGCCAUCCAUGUGAUGUCAUAGAAGUGCGCAUGCUGAAGAGCUGCUUUAAGCCCCGCCCUGGACAGUACAUCCUGCUGAACUGCCCGAGUGUGUCCUCAUUCGAAAACCAUCCCUUCACUCUCACCACGUGUCCAACAGAGAAGAAUGAAACAUUUGGUAUUCAUCUCAGGGUUCUGGGAGACUGGACAUCAAGAUUUUCUCAGCUGCUUCUUCAACAGACAAACAGCUCAGAAAUCCUUCCCAUGAUGCCACAGAGGAGAUAUCCCAUAGUGCAUGUGGAUGGUCCGUUUGGCAGUCCGUCAGAGGACGUGUUUAAUUAUGAGGUCAGCCUGUGUGUGGCGGGAGGGAUUGGAGUCACACCAUUCGCUUGUGUUCUGCAAGCUCUCUUUGAAAACUGGCAUCAGUAUAAGUUGAGGAGGCUGUAUUUUGUUUGGGUGUGCAGAGAACUUCAGUCCUUCUAUUGGUUUGCUGAUCUACUGUGCAGCCUUCAUGAGAGGCUGUGGCAGGACAAUCGUCCAGACUACUUGAAUGUUCAGCUCUACCUCAGUAACACUCAGGGAUUACAGAACAUCAGUGAGGAACGUUACCGUUUCUUGAGCUCCAGGCUUCAGAUCGGUCGACCAAAGUGGAAACUCCUUUUCCAGGAGAUAGGGAGAGCCAAUCGGAUUACAAGAGUGGGAGUGUUCUGCUGUGGACCUAAAGGAAUUUCUAAAUCAUUACACUCUCUGUGCAAUUCAAACAUACACUCAGGAACUGCCUUCGAGUACAACAAAGAAUCGUUCAGCUGAGGUAUUGCAAACGAAAAACAAAUGAAUAAUGCCAAAAGAGGGAUGAAGACAAGAAAGGACAGUUACACUGUAGAACCAGAGAUAAACAUCUGAAUUUUAUGGACAGCAUCAUCUUAAAAUAAAUCCUCGAAAAAGGGGACAGAAAGCUGGUAAACUGUAUAACAAGAGGGGAAAUCUUGCACAGUCUUAUUCAGGGAAAAUUUGUGCCUCAGAGUUUGUCUAUAUAAACCAAACACUUGAAAGACCUUAACACUUAUUCAUAACCUGUUAUCCUCUCUGACAGGGAUAGUUCACCUGUAAAUGACAAUUCUGUCAGCAUUUACUCACCCUCAUGUUGUUCCUAACCUGUUUUAUUGGCUAUUCCAUUUUGUUUUUCAAUGAUUUGGUCUAUUUUUUUCAUAUAUCCCACACAAAUCCACCCAUUACAUAAAGUGUACAUCAACCAUAUUUGAAGUAUUUUUUACAAAUUUCUCAUUUAUUUCAAAUAUUUAUUUCUUUUGUAUUUUGAGAAGUAGCACAAUAAUGGUUUCUGUUUACUUUGGACGUAUUUUAUUAUCAUUCAUAUUUUAUUAUGAACAAAGUUUUUGUAAAUGUCCAAAAUGUACUGCACUGUUAUUGUAUUUCAACUGCCAAUGAUUUCAUUGGAUCUACAGUUUUUUCAUACUUUGAUUUGUCUUAUAAACGAAAUGUUAAAUAUUAGUUUGUGUGUGUGUGUGUGUGUAUAUAUAUAUAUAUAUAUAUAUAUAAUAUAAUAUACAUACAUUGCAUUCAGAAAGUAUUCAGGCCAAAUUUUGUUAUGUUGCAGCCUUAUGCUAUAAAUUAUGUAUUUUUUUCACAUCAGUCUACACUCCAUACCCCAUAAUGACAAAGCAAAAACCAGAAUAAAAAGAAAAAAAUGAGGGGGGCCUGGGUAGCUCAGUGGUAAAGCUGUCUACCACCCCUGAAGUUCGCUAGUUCGAAUCCCAGGGCAUGCUGAGUGACUCCAGCCAGGUCUCCUAUGCAACCAAAUCGGCCCGGUUGCUAGGGAGGGUAGAUUCACAUGGGGUAACCUCCUCGUGGUCACUAUAAUGUGGUUCGCUCUCGUGGGGGGGCGUGGUGAGUUGAGCGCGGAUGCCGCGGUGGAUGGCGUGAAGCCUCCACAUGCGCUAUGUCUCCGUGGCAAUGCGCUCAACAAGCCACAUGAUAAGAUGCGCGGAUUGACAGUCUCCGAUGCGGAGGCAACUGGGAUUCACUACGCCACCACGAGGACUUAAAAGUGCACUGGGAAUUGGGCAUUCCAAAUUGGUUUAAAAGGGGGAAAAAAUCCACACACAAAAAAAGAAACAAAUUAAAUAUCACAUUGACAUAAGUAUUCAGACCCUUAACUCAGUAAUUAGUUGAAGCACCUUUGGCAGCGAUUACAGCCUCAAGUCUUUUUGGGUAUGAUGCAACAAGCUUUGCACACCUGGAUUUGGGGAUUUUCUGCCAUUCUUUUCUGCAGAUCCUCUCAAGCUCUGUCAGGUUGGAUGGGGACCAUCGGUGGACAGCCAUUUUCAGAUCUCUCCAGAGAUGUUCAAUUGGGUUCAAGUCCGGGCUCUGGCUGGGCCACUCAAGGACAUUCAUAGAGUUGUCCCUAAGCCACACUUAGAUUGUCUUGGCUGUGUGCUUAGGGUCAUUGUCCUGUUGGAAGGUGAACCUUCAGCCCAGUCUGAGGUCCUGAGCACUCUGGACCAGGCUUUCUUUUAGGAUAUCUCUAUAUUUUGCUGUGUUCAGCUUUCCUUCAACCCUGACCAGUCCCCCAGUCCCUGCCGCUGAAAAACAUCCCACAGCAUGAUGCUACCACCACCAUGCUUCACCGUUGGGAUGGUGUUGCGCAGGUGAUGAGCGGUGCCUGGUUUCCUCCAGACAUAACGCUUAGAAUUGAGGCCAAACAGUUCAAUCUUCGUCUCAUCAGACCAGAGAAUCUUGUUUCUCACAAUCUGAGAGUCCUUUAGGUGCUUUUUUUAUGUGUCCUUGCACUGAGGAGAGGCUUCCGUCUGGCCACUCUGUCAUAAAGCCCAGAUUGGUGGAGUGUUGCAGUGAUGGUUGUCCUUCUGCAAGUUUCUCCCAUCUCCACACAUGAUCUCUGGAGCUCAACCAGAGUGACCAUCGGGUUUUUGGUCACCUCUCUUACCAAGGCCCUUCUCCCCUGAUUGCUCAGUUUGGCUGGGCGGCCAGCUCUAGGAAGAGGACUGGUUGUUCCAAACUUCCUUCAGUGAAGCCAACAUUUUUUGUAGCCUUCCCCAGAUCUGUGCCUUGACACAAUCCUUUCUCUGAGCUCUGCAGGCAGUUCCUUUGACCUCAUGGCUUGGUUUUUGCUCUGAUAUUUAUUUUCAGCUGUAGACCUUUUAUAGACAGGUGUGUGCCUUUUCUAAAUCAUGUCCAAUCAAUUGAAUUUGCCAUCAGUGGACUCCAAUCAAAGUGUAGAAACAUCUCAAAGAUGAUCCAGAGAAAUGGGAUGCACCUGAGUUAAAUUUCAAGUGUCAUAGCAAAGAGUCUGAAUACUUAUGUGAUAUUUCAGUUUUUUCUUUUUAAUAAAUUUGCAAAGAUUAUCAAUAGCAAAAAUUAUCAAUAAUCAGUUUUUUCUUUGUCAUUAUGAGGUAUGGAGUGAAAAUUGAUGUGGAAAAAAAAUAAUUUAAAGCAUUUUAGCAUAAGGCUACAACAUAACAAAAUGUGAAAAAAAAAAAAAUGACGGGGUCUGAAUAUAUAUAUAUAUAUAUAUAUAUAUAUAUAAAUAAAUAAAUAUUUCAGGAUCAAGAUUUUUUGCAUUGUCACAUUUAAGUGACAAUGUCGUAUUUCCAUAUAUAUUAUAAAAUGUAUAUAAAUAUAUUAUAUAAUAUUUUACGAUUAUUAAGAUGUUUUGCAUUGUGCCAUUAUUUUUGUGACACUUUUGUAAAAGUUGUUUCGUAAAAAAAUAAAAUAAAAUGUCUCCCAAUGUUUACUGCUGUAAAACAAAAAAACAAACAAAAAAUAUUUGAAUAGUAAAAUACAUUUGUUAAACAUAAUGUAUUCAUUGUACUGAAUUUAAUUAAAUAUUUUCAUAACUGUUCUACUAAUAUUUUAUUUUGGAAUCCUUCAGUCCAUUAAAGGUGCAGUUUGUAAGAUUCAGAAACCCUUGUUAUUAAUGACACCUGUGGCCGUUAAGUGAACUGCAGCCAGCUACCUGUUGCUCGUGUUCGCGCACACACUCCAUAGGGACACGAGCGAGCGAACAUCGACCAAAACAAUGACGUAACGUACAAAGAGACUGAACGUGAUUCACCGAUAUCAUGAAUUAAAAUUACACAGUUAUGAUUGUUUUACUACAAACUUUGAGACUGUAUAUUAUAUUUGAUUCUCCAGUGCUGGAACAGGGCUAAAACAAAGUGUGGAUAUAGGUCUGACUAUGCGAGACUGUAGUUUGAAGUAAUCACUUUUCUUUACAUGAUACAUUGACUGCAUUUAUACGAUAGCCUAUGUUGGCGUUAGCUAGCUAGCCAGCUUUAUCAAUAGCUGUUAGCUAAAUUUGGUGGAUGAUGACAGCAGCUGUUUAUAAAAUAGACUGUACAUUAUAAAUAUGUUGACACAAUUCAGUAUUGAUGUGAUUCCAUCACAACUGUCAUUUUGAUAUAUCGAUGCGCUAUUGUUUUAUAAUAAUAGAUUGUAAAUAUUUUCUGUUUAACCAAGUUACGUUACACGAAUGAAUGGAGCUAUUUGCAUUAUCUUGAACAUUGUCUAGCAUUCAUUUCAUGUGUUAUUGUAGUUUAGCUAAAAUUACACAGAUCAGUCCUUAUGGCACUAUAUUUCACAUGCUUUGCAGUUAUGCAAGCUUACCUGUCCAAUAAGAAGAACGCCAAUUCAGGGUCAGUUUUGAUCCCCAAAACCGAACAAAAGGUCCCUCCAGGCAUCAAAUGCCCUGCCGAUAUUCACUCUAGUUUUCACUCGACUACAAUCACGUUCCCGUUUAGCCAGAUGGGAUUCAGUAGAUAAAUGUUUUUUUUGUUUUUGGCUUACUCAGAGUUUGUGUAGGAGUCGGUGUUGUGUUGGGAGCUGGAUGUUUGCUGGAUUCCAUCUCUAAGAUAAAGUUACAUAGUGUUACAGUUUGUUAUCGCUGUUGAAUAGCGGAAGAGAAGCACAGAGGCAAGGCUCUCGGGAGCGUGCAUAAACGUCACAUCCUUUGGAUUUUCCCGGCAAAAGCGACC